GCAGCGGCACUUGCUCUUCACACCGCUGCUGCGCCGAAAACACAACAAAAGUCUACCGCCCGCUUCUAGGACGCGUCCAUUGACGGGAUGCGCGACCGACCGCCUCCUCUCGCCUGCCUGCAAUCAUCAGCCGCGCACUGAUUGACUCUCACGGAUAGCAGCGAUGCCAGCCGGGAUGUGCUCCUGACACAACCACCGCCUGCCCUGGAUAGCCAUUCGCCCGUUUUAAAAUUUUUUUUUUUAGGUGUACCAUUUUUCUCGGAUGCUGGACUCAGCAGCGGAGCGCUAGUUGCGGGUGGAGCAUGGGCACGACUGCCAGCGCAGCGCCGCCGCCGCCGUUUGAAGGUGACCAAGGUGUCCACGACAACGGGAUGGCCGACAGCAACCCGUCGCUCAGCAUGAGCCCCUUUCACACGCUCAACGUCCACAACAACAAGGCCAAGUCCAUUAUCACCAACAAGGUCGCGCCUGUGGUCAUCACCUACAAUUGCAAGCAGGAGUUUCAGAUUCACGAUGACAUCCGCAAGAGCAACUACAAAGUCGGACGGAUAUCAGACGCCAUGCCCGAGCAUUACCUGGUGCAGGGCGAGUACUUCAUGGUGCAGGACGUGUACAGCAAAGCGGACGUCCUCGGCACGACCGGCUCCUUCGGGGCCCCCAACUUCCGUCAGGUGAAGGGAUCGUACCCGCUGUACGGGAUGGGUCAGCCCAGCCCCAGCGGCUUUAAACGCGUCCUGCAGAGGCUCCAAGCGCAAGGACACGAGGAGGUUGUUUUUGUCUGCGUGCGAGAGGAGCCGGUGGUCUUCCUGCACAAGGGUGACGACUUUGUCUCGUACACCCCCAGGAGGAAGGAGAACCUCCACGAGAACCUCCACGGCCUGGAAAAGGGGCAGCCGGUGGAAGCGCUGGAGCUUACCGUCAGGAAGGAGCUCCACGACUUUGCCAAGCUGAACGAAAACACCUACUACGUGUACGACGACAUUGAGUACCUGAAAGACGAGCCUCAGAAGGUGGUCAUCACGUGCGAGGAGGACAUCCGCGUGACCGAGGAGGUUUACAAGCGGCCCGUGUUCACCAUGCCGGCUUACAGAUAUUACAGAUUGCCGCUGCCCGUCGAGGGAGCGCCUUUAGAAGAAGACUUUGAUGCUUUUGUCGACAUACUCAGGGAGAGUCCCGGCUUGUCCCCGCGACACGACGCAACGCCGAAGCUUCCGGCCGUGCUCUUCAGCUGCCAGGUGGGCGUCGGCCGCACCAACCUGGCCAUGAUCCUGGGCGCCCUGGCCAUCAACCGCGUUUGGGGCAACUCUCGCCCGCCUGCUCCGGUUGAGGAACCGGCAGAGGCGCGUACGGAACCCAGACCCGUUUUCCGCAUCAUCCAGUCUCUGAUCGUCAAGCUGCCAAAUGGACAGCAAGUCUUGGAGGAGGUGGACCAGGCCAUUGCGCUGUGUUCGGAAAUGCACGACAUCAAAGAGGCGAUCUACGAGAACAAAAGUAAAUUGGAAGGCAUCGGAGACGAUUAUCAGAUUCAGGGAAGCGGCACCAAAGAGUACUUCCUCAACAGAACCCGGCAGAGCUUGGAGCGCUACUUCUACCUGAUUGUGUUCAACGCGUACCUCCGCGAGCAGUAUCCCCUCGCCUUCGUGACCAACUUCAGCCGGUGGAUGUGCCGCCAUCCUUGGCUCUACCGCCUGCUGGCACGCAUGGACCUUUCCGAGCUAUCGGCGUCGCCCGAGUUGGUCACCAGAGGAGCCCGCGUUCUGGUGGCCGGCGAGUAUUUAGCGCCCGACGUCCUGAGCACGGCCAAGGAGAUGAAGGCGCUCAACUUCAGACGCGUGCCCAAGAUGCCCAUCUACGGAAUGUCGCAGCCCACGUCCGAGGCGGCCGCGGCCGUGCUGGCCCACCUGACGGACGAGAAGCGCAAGCACAGCCGCAUUCUGUGGGUCAACCUGCAGGAAGAGCUGGUUUUAGAAGCCAACGGGCAGAUCUUCGCACCCAGGGAGCCGUCGCGCUUGGAUCAGCACGUUGCCAUCCCAACGUCGGACCCGCUCAUCAUCGAGAAGCUGGAGGCGUCCCUCAAGGAAGAGAUUCUGCGUGCCCAGAAGUGGCUGGAAGUGAGUCUUGAGCAAGAGAAGCAGAUGAAGAUGUUCAAGAGCGUCCUGACGGCGCGGGAGAUCGUGGCGCAGCACCAGAAGGCCGCGCCGGCCCUCGCCUACAAGCGCAUCCCUCUGCCCGACUGCGCCGCCCCCUGGGAGGAGGAUUUCGACACGCUGCUGGACGCCAUGAAGGGCUCGCUGGCCGAGGACUCGCGCUCGGCCUUCGUCUUCAACUGCUCCAACGGCAAAGGCAGGACCACCACGGCCACCGUGCUCUCCGUGCUCACUUUGUGGCACUUCAAUGGCUUUCCGGAGUUUCCCGAGGACGAGAUCGUCAGCGUCCCUGAUGCCAAGUACACCAAAGGGGAGUUUCAGGUGGUGAUGCAGCUGGUGCGCCUGCUCCCCGACGGCCACCGCAUUAAGCGCGAGGUGGACAUGGCCCUGGACUCGGUUUCCGAAACCAUGACGCCCAUGCACUACCACCUGAGGGAGAUCAUCAUCUGUACCUACAGACAGAUCAAGAGCGGCAAGUCUGAGAAGGAGCGCCAUGAACUCCUGCUGAGGAGCCUGCAGUAUCUGGAGCGCUACAUUUAUCUCAUCCUCUUCAACGCGUACCUGCACCUGGAGAAGAAGGACUCCUGGCAGCGCUCCUUUGCGCUCUGGAUGGAGCAGGUGGCCUCCCGGGCGGGAGUGUACGAGAUCCUCAAUCGGCUGAGCUUCUACGAGUUCAACGGCCCGAGGGACGACGCCCCGCUGGGUCGGCUGCGCUGGCGCUGGCUGCAGCAGAACCGUUUUCCGGAGCUUCCUUUCCGAGGGCAUUUCCUCUGAGGGGAAAGCACGCCGGCAUGCUUUUCGCCUUUCAGAAAACAAAAAAAAAGAAAAAAGAUA